UACUCCAAGAUGGCGCCCAUUCGGAACCCGGAGGUCAAGUUCACUCAGAUCUUCAUCAACAACCAGUUUGUCAACUCUGCUUCGGGGAAGACGUUCGCGACGUACAAUCCUGCGACGGGUGAAAAGAUCGCCGACAUUCAAGAGGGCGACAAGGAGGAUGUCGAGAAGGCCGUGAAGGCGGCCAAGGCAGCGUUCGCCCGUGGCUCCGAGUGGCGAUCAAUGGAUGCAUCCAAGAGAGGAACGUUGCUCUUCAAGCUGGCCGACCUCAUCGAGGAACAGAAACACUAUUUGGCGAGCCUGGAGACAAUAGACGGCGGUAAAACCUUCGCGACCUCUCAAGAAGACGUCGCGUUCGCCGUCCGUGUUCUUCGCUACUGCGCCGGCUACUCGGACAAGAUACACGGAAAGACCAUUCCGAUCGACGGCAACUGUUUCGCGUACACUCGACGUGAGCCCAUCGGCGUCGUGGGACAAAUCAUACCCUGGAACGGUCCCAUCCUGAUGCUGGCCAUGAAACUGGGUUCUGCGCUUUGCACCGGCAACGUAGUGGUCUUGAAGCCGGCCGAGCAGACACCCCUGACAGCGCUGGCGGUCGCGAGCCUCGUGCCCAGGGCCGGGUUUCCAGCCGGGGUCGUGAACAUCAUUCCGGGCUUCGGACACACGGCGGGAGCCGCCAUAUCGGGCCACCACGAAAUCGACAAGAUCGCCUUCACGGGAUCCACCCAGAUUGGGAAGUUGAUGCUCAAGGCCUCGGGCGAAUCCAACUGCAAGAAUGUGACCCUGGAACUUGGAGGGAAGAGUCCACUGAUCAUUUUCGCGGAUGCCGAUCUGGACCUCGCGGUUACGCUGGCGCACCACACGGUCUUCGCCAACCAGGGACAGAUCUGCUGUGCCCCGACACGAACCUACGUGCACGCCGACAUCUACGACAAGUUCGUGGCCAAGUCCGUUGAACUCGCCAAGGACAGGGUCGUGGGGGACCCAUUUGACGAGCGCAGUGUGCAGGGACCGCAGAUCAGCGAGAGACAGAUGGAGAGCAUCCUGAACUACGUCAACAUCGGGAAAAAAGAAGGGGCCAAGCUUCAGUGCGGCGGACGUCGCCAUGGAACCAAAGGCUUUUUCGUCCAGCCCACCGUGUUCUCCGACGUCACGGACGACAUGAAGAUCGCCCGAGAGGAGAUCUUCGGCCCCGUGCAGAGCAUUUUCAAGUUCCACACCACGGAUGAAGUGAUAGCCAGAGCCAAUGACACCAUCUACGGCCUAGCCGCCGGAAUCGUCACCCAAGACGUGACCACUGCACACGUCGUGGCGCAGGCUCUUCAAGCUGGCGUUGUGUGGAUCAACACAUUCCUCACGGUUGCCACGCAAGCACCUUUUGGCGGUUUCAAGAUGUCCGGAAUCGGCACCGAGCUGGGAGAAGACGGAUUGCUUGCGUACACCCAAGUGAAGACGGUCGUCACUGCAAUCCCACAGAAGAUGUCGUAAACACUUGGCAUUUCGUGCCGGAUGUUAUGAGUUAUGUCACCCCUCAGGGAUUUGAGAUACCAUACUCGUGAAAACCAAAUAAAGCUACGCUGUACCAUCUACCUAAAUAUUU